AUGGACGAUGAUAAAGAUUUGGGGGGAUCCGACGGGAUUGAUUUAUUUGGCUUCAUCGCGAAUGGCGACAACAUCGCGAACGACGAGGAUUGCGUGCCUCUCUUGGUCGAGUACGCUGAAGAUGACGACGACAUGAGGAAUGCCCCCGGAGGCAAUAAUCGCGAACGACGAGGAUUGUGUGCCUCUCCCAGUCGAGCACGCUGA